AUGGCGUUCUCAUCACGAUACUGUCCAUCAUGCCUCCUCUCCCUCCCCACCCGCAUAAUCACACCCUUCGCCUUUCGCGCAAACCUAGCCUCUCCUUUCCUCCAACAAGCGAGAACAGCAGCCCAAUCUUCCAAUGCCAACAAAUCCCGCAGCAAAAAGGACUCCUCGAAAGGCUCAACAAAAACCACGAAAAAGAAGCGGAAAACGCGCUCGCACUUCCUCCAGCCUGAUCUGAGGAGGGUGACACAGUUCAGUCUGGUAGAUGCAAUGAGAUACCUCCGCGCAGCCGAAGUCGGCCGCCCGCCCAACAGCGCCAAAUACGACCUGCACAUCCGCCUGCGCACAGCGAAAAACGGCGCCGUGGUACGCAACCGCCUCCUCCUCCCGCACCCAGUACACACCGACCUACGCAUCGCCGUCAUCUGCCCCUCGGACUCCGCGCACGCGCGCGCAGCCAAAGCCGCAGGCGCCCACCUGGUAGGCGAAGAGGAGAUUUUCGACGCGGUGAAAGCGGGCCGCAUCGAGUUUGAGCGCUGCAUUUGCCAGCAGGAUAGUCUGGCGAAACUAGGGAAGUCGGGGGUUGCGAGGAUCUUGGGACCCAGGGGGCUGAUGCCUAGUGCUAAGCUGGGGACGGUGGUGAAGGAUGUGGGGAGUGCGGUGAGGGGACUGGCGGGCGGGAGCGAGUACCGCGAGCGCAUGGGGGUGGUGCGCAUGGCGAUUGGGCAGUUGGGCUUCACGCCCGAGGAGAUGCAGAGUAAUAUUCGCGUGUUUAUCGAGGGGUUGAAGAAGGAUAUUGGGGUGUUGUCGGAUCGGAUUUCGAAGGAUAUUCAUGAGGUGGUGUUGAGCAGUACGCAUGGGCCCGGGCUGAGCUUGAAUGGGGAGUUGAGGGGUCCGGCGAGUCCGCCGACCAAGGACCUGAGCACUAUGUAG